AUUCGCUGAUUUUUUUUUUUUUCAGAAUUCAGAUACGAGCAAAGGAACGCGCUUCGCCAACAGAAGCAGAGGUAGAUGAUAUAUGCAAAACAGGAGAUAGUAAAGACAAAUUGCUGCAUUCGACAAAACAAAAUUGCCAAAUAUAAUUUUGGAAAGUCUUAAAUUCUGAGUGAUGCCAUGCAAAGGCAGAAUACUUUUUAUUGCAAGGCAUUCUUCAGUUCCAGAAGAAUUUCAAACAGACAGCUUAAGUCAAGUUCUUCAUCUAUAUAUUCGAGUUCGAUUCUUGGCAGAAGUCAUGUCAAGUUAUGCCUCAAGGGAAGCAAAGUUUCCUUAAAAUUUAGCCGCACAAUUGAACUGGUAAAAACCAAAGCAGCAUAUGAGAGUCGAGAAGAAAUUUUGGACGAAGAUGAAGAUCUUUGUCCUGUAGAAUGCGUUAGAGAAUUCAAGACUGAUGAGGAGUUCUUAAAGAUUCUAGAUAAGGCCAAAGAAACCGAUUCUUUAGUCGUUGUGGAUUUUUAUCGCACUUCUUGUGGAAGCUGCAAGUACAUAGAGCAGGGAUUUGCAAAGUUAUGCAGGGGAUCUGGUGAUGAAGAAGCUGCAGUUAUCUUCUUGAAGCACAAUGUAAUUGAUGAGUAUGAUGAACAAUCUGAAGUUGCUGAACGACUUAGAAUUAAGACAGUGCCACUCUUCCACUUCUAUAAAAAUGGAGUCCUGUUGGAAGCAUUCCCAACUAGGGACAAAGAGAGGAUACUGGAAGCAAUUCGUAAAUACGCAUAUUCUGGAUCUCAAGAUGUUUAAGAAUUUCAUUUCGGACUUGAUUUCUGUAAAAUAAAAAUGUAGUCUUGUUCUUAGAGGCUGACAUAAACCGAGUGCUUUUGGCUGUGCCACUUCUGUCACGUACAUGUAACAUAUAUAUAAAUUGUGCAAUAAUCAA